CCAUCUCCACCACUACACCCUCACCACGACGAACAGUACCCAUCAUCUUUUUCCCAAAAAACAAAACUUUCUCACCUUAUUUUGACCCUUAAAAAACUUCCCAUUAUUAUUCUAUAAAAAAAUCAAUCUUUCUGUUAACCCAACCCUAAAGAAUCUAUCAAUCUGUCACCAUCUCAUUCUGGCCGUCCAGUUCAAACCGGCCUGUCUUCAUCCUUUAUCAUACCCCCAUCUGUUCUUGAUCUGUCAUUUGUUCGUUCCCAUUUCCCCUCAUUUUUUUCAAACACUUCAAAACCCCAGAUCUGUAAACCCUUUAUUCAAAUUCUUAUAAUUUAUGAUGGGUUUUAUGAAAUUUCACAAACUCUUCAUCUGGAUCGUGUUCUUGCUCUCUUUAUCUUCUUGUUAUUCCCAAUUUACUCCUGCUGAUAGCUACUCAAUCGAUUGUGGAUCUCCGACCAACACCAGUGUCGGAAACCGGGUUUUCCUGUCGGAUAAUUUAGCUUCGAGUUAUCUAACGACCCAACAAAAUGUUCUCGUCGAUACAUCCGCUAAUUCGAUACCCCAAUCGGAAUAUUCUCAGCUGUAUCGAACCGCUAGAAUCUUUUCACAAACAUCUUCUUACAGUUUCAAAAUCAACCAACCGGGUCGACACUGGAUCCGGCUCUUUUUCUACCCGUUUUCCGCUAGCAACUACGAUCUGAAAACGGCGAAGUUUUCGGUCUCAACUCGUGAUCAUUCUUUAUUAUCCGAUUACAGUACCGUUAACAGUACGGUUAAGGAAUAUUCCGUUAAUGUUACGGAUAGUGAGCUGGAGAUCACGUUUACACCGUCUGGUGGCUCGUUUGCGUUCUUAAACGGGUUAGAAGUGGUGUCGGUUCCGGAUCCAUUGAUUGCUGACGAGGCUGCGUCAGUCACGCCCCCAACGAACUUUCGGGGGCUGUUGACGCAGGCUCUGGAGACCGUAGCGAGGGUCAAUAUGGGCGGGCCAACGGUGACGUCUCGAAACGAUUCGUUAUGGAGAAGUUGGGUGCCCGAUAGGGGGUAUUUGAAAAACCCGAGUUUGGCGAGUAAUGUGUCGAAGGUGGACUCGGUUAGGUAUCCGAAAGGAGGGGCUACGGAAGACGAUGCGCCCAGGAGCGUGUAUGGGACCGCGGCUAGAAUGGCGUCCGAUGGUGACCCGAAGAGUAAUUUCAAUGUGACUUGGGAGUUUCCGGUGGAUCGCGGGUUUAGGUAUAUGAUUCGGCUUCAUUUUUGCGAUAUUGUUAGUGAUGCGUUGAAUGAGCUUUAUUUUAAUGUGUAUGUUCAAGAAUCGAAUGUGUUGCCGGAUUUUGAUUUGUCGAUCAAAGUAGGAGGGUUGGCAUUGGCUUAUUACCAGGAUUUUGUUACACAGUCGUUGAAUACGGAUACGAUUAAGAUUAGUAUUGGCCCGUCGAAUGUGAAUAACGCGUUACCGAAUGCUAUUUUGAACGGUGUUGAGAUUAUGAAGAUGAAUAACUCGGAUGGGAGUCUUUCGGGGGGAGAUAUUCCUGCUUCGAGUAAACACUCGAAGAGUAAAGUGGGUUUGAUUGUAGGAGUCGUUGUUGGCCUAAUCGUGGCUGUUGUAUUGAUUGUUGUUCUGUUCUUCGUGCAUAAACGAAGGAAAGAGGAACGAUUGAACCAGUCGAAGAUCUGGAUUCCGUUAUCGACAAAUGGGAUUUCGCAGACGAUGGGAAGCAAGUAUUCUAACGGGACGACGAUCAGUGCAGGGUCGAAUUUCAAUUACAGGUGCCCGUUUGCAGCGAUUCAAGAAGCGACAAACAAUUUCGAUGAAAGCUGGGUGAUCGGGAUCGGUGGGUUCGGUAAAGUUUACAAAGGGGUUUUGAGCGACGGUACGAAAGUGGCUGUUAAAAGAGGUAACCCGAAAUCCCAACAAGGUUUAGCGGAGUUCCAAACCGAAAUCGAGAUGCUUUCACAGUUUCGUCAUCGACAUUUAGUGUCGUUGAUUGGGUACUGUGAUGAGAAGAGUGAGAUGAUUUUGAUAUACGAAUAUAUGGAAAACGGGACUUUGAAAAGUCAUCUUUACGGGUCAAACUACCCGAGCAUGAGCUGGAAACAACGGCUCGAAAUUUGCAUCGGUGCAGCCCGCGGGCUGCAUUAUCUCCAUACCGGUUAUUCAAAAGCUGUUAUCCAUCGAGACGUUAAAUCGGCUAACAUAUUGCUCGACGAAAAUCUCAUGGCUAAGGUCGCAGAUUUCGGGCUUUCGAAGACCGGGCCCGAGAUUGACCAAACCCACGUGAGUACUGCAGUCAAAGGGAGCUUCGGGUAUUUGGAUCCCGAGUACUUUAGACGACAACAGUUGACUGAAAAGUCAGACGUAUACUCAUUCGGGGUCGUUUUGUUUGAAGUUUUAUGCGCACGGCCUGUGAUCGACCCGUCUCUCCCUCGAGAGAAGGUGAAUUUAGCUGAAUGGGCGAUGAAGUGGCAGAAAAGCGGGCAGCUAGAACAAAUAAUCGAUGUUACUUUAAAGGGAAAGAUCCGGCCCGAUUCUCUUAGAAAGUUUGGUGAAACAGCAGAGAAAUGUUUGUCUGAUUUCGGGGUUGACCGGCCUUCGAUGGGUGAUGUUUUGUGGAAUCUUGAAUACGUUCUUCAACUUCAAGAAGCGGUGUUACCAAACGACCCGGAUGAAAACAGCACGAACGUGAUCGGUGAGUUAUCUCCGCAGAUUCAUGAUUUCCAUACGGGCGGUGAGGAAAACACCAACACUGGAAUUGGUCAGUUUGAGAUGUCGAGUGGGGAUGAUAUUUCAGGUGUUUCGAUGAGCAAGGUUUUCUCACAGUUGGUGAAAUCGGAGGGUAGAUGAUCGAUCAAUGAUGGCGAUGAUAAUCGGGUAAAGAAGAUGUGUUUUAUAUGUAGUUUUGUUUUGUUUUUACUAUAAUUUUAUGCUUUGAUAAACGAUGUGAUGAGUAAGUUAUUUGAUUAUUUGAUAUGUUUUAUGUCGGGUUUUAAAACCAUGAAAGUAUGGACAACAUGAUUUGUGUUUCGGUUAAUGAAUGUGCUUUGCGAUUUCU